ACGAGGAUGGCCUUGGCCCCUGUUAUAGGCGAAUUGGAUUUGUUUGUUUGUUGUGGGGAAAGCCGAAUUCGAGGACGGCUGUGUUAUCGUGGCUUCCGAAGGAGAGAGGCAGAGGCAGAGCCCACGCUCUCGCUGCUCUUCUUCUUCUUCUUCUUCUUCUUUAUACAUAUACACUCACAUUAUUACAGACAUUACUGCACUCUCCAUCUUGAUUAAUUUCUGCCUUUAACGAGUCCUCCAUGAAGAAGAAGAAACGAGAUGCCGGCAAUCGUGCCUUGCUGGGGAUGCAAAUCCUCCAGGGGGCAUUCUUCCGCCCCCUCCACCGUCUCUUCCCGCUGCUUUCCGCCGUCGGUGCCUGCCUUCUCUUUGUGUUCGCCGCUCUCUCGUUCCUGUCUCCGCCGCUCUCUCAUCCCCGCCGCCACCAUAUCUCGUCAAGUGCCGGAGGGAGCUUAGGCGGUGAUGCCUGGAGUUCGAAGCAAUCGAAGUUCUUCUACGGUUGCAGUAAUGCCAGCAAUAAUUUUCAAACUGCAGAAGCUAAAACGCAUCCUAAUCGGUACUUGUUGAUUGCAACCAGUGGGGGCUUGAAUCAACAAAGGACUGGGAUAACAGAUGCAGUUGUUGCUGCCUAUAUUCUAAAUGCCACACUCAUUGUUCCAAAGUUGGAUCAGCAAUCUUUCUGGAAGGAUACCAGCAACUUUUCUGAAAUCUUUGAUGUAGAUUGGUUCAUAUCUUAUCUUUCAAAAGAUGUUAAAAUCAUCAAACAGCUCCCGACAAAGGGAGGGAAGCUUAUGAAUCCAUAUAGAAUGCGUGUUCCAAGGAAGUGCAGUCCAAGCUGCUAUCAGACCCGAGUUUUACCUGCUUUUAAUAAAAAUCAUGCUGUCCAGCUUGGUAAGUUUGAUUACAGGCUUUCCAAUCUGUUGGAUGGAGACCUACAGAAGCUAAGAUGUAGGGUCAAUUACCACGCCCUGAAGUUUACAGAUCCUAUUCUUGAAAUGGGAGCAAAACUGGUUCAAAGGAUGAGGAUGAAAAGCAAUCAUUUUAUUGCCCUGCACUUGAGGUUUGAAGCUGAUAUGCUUGCAUUCUCUGGAUGUGAUUAUGGUGGAGGAGAAAGUGAAUUGACAGAACUAGGUGCAAUACGGAAGAGAUGGAAAAGCUUACAUAAAAGGAACCCCGACAGGGAACGAAGGCAAGGCAGAUGUCCACUGACUCCUGAGGAAGUCGGUCUCAUGCUAAGAGCUCUAGGUUUUGGCGAGGAUGUUCACAUUUAUGUGGCAUCUGGUGACGUAUAUAGAAGCAAAGAGACGUUGGCACCUCUCAAAGCCCUGUUCCCAAAUUUUCAUUCAAAAGAGACUAUUGCUAGCCAGGAAGAGUUGGCUCCAUUUUCAUCUUUUUUGUCUCGUAUGGCUGCUCUAGACUUCAUUGUUUGUGAUGAGAGUGAUGUUUUUAUCACGAACAACAAUGGUAACAUGGCUAAAAUACUAGCUGGAAGAAGAAGAUACUUUGGGCAUAAACGGACUAUCCGUCCAAAUGCAAAAAAGCUCUAUCGACUGUUCGGGGACCGACAUAACAUGACAUGGGAAAAUUUUGCCUCAGCCGUUAGAACUCAUCAGAUUGGUUUCAUGGGAGAGCCAAAUGAGGUAAGGCCAGGCAGGGGUGUGUUCCAUGAGAACCCAUCAUCCUGCAUAUGUGAAAAAUCGGGGGCCAAGGCAAGGGGCGAUGUAGCUUCUGAAAGUCAGGCCAUUAGCAGCAGUCAUGAAUCCGAUGGACUAGUCACCGAGGAUGAGCCGGAAUUAUCUGAUGCUGAUGAUGCAGAGGUUGAAAAUGAACUUGAAGGGAGAAAGUUGGCCAAUAGAACAGAUUCGGAGUCUGUUCUGGUUAUUAAAGCUGAGCAACCAGAGCUGGAAGAGAUGUUCUCAGACUGAAUGACCAUUUAGAUUUCCUCCUGAGGAAUGGUUAUACAUACUUACAUGCUGCUGCAGAAGCAGCAAUUAGUAGAGAAAGUACAACCUUGUAUAUAAGUGGGCAGGGGCAGCUCAUGGCAAGAUAUGAACUGCACCUAUCAUAACAUUCUGGAAGAGGCACAGACAAGCCGCAAGACAUGGAAGAUGUCAUGUUUGCCGUAAGUCUCUGCGAAGAAUAGGCAUUUGGAAGGACAGUGGGGCUAUUAAUUUAUUUAUGGUGUAUAUAUGGUAUGGUUCUUAAUUACUUUCGUCAUCUGUUCUUAAAAGGUAUAAUGUAAACAUUAAUCAAAGGGCGCACUUCUGGUAGAAAUCAAAUGUAGAGACCGGAAUUUAGUGUGAUGAUUUUCUGUCGAUUUUUUAUUUAGUUUUGGUAAUUUGAGGGGAUUGAUGAUGCAUCAUGGUUCAUGUAUGGAUUCAUUUGGAAUUGUUACUGAUU